AUGUUGGAUAAAUCACCUGCUGAAGAAGAACCAACCUCUCCCAUAGAUCCACAAGCAAAUAGAAAAAUAUUGGAUCCUGGUUCAAAUAUUCAUUGUAAAUGGAGAGAUCAAUAUCAUAAAUGUGAAAUUAUUGAAAGAAAAGAAUCAGAAUCACUUCCAGGUACAUAUGAUUAUUAUGUUCAUUAUCAUGAAUUUAAUCGUCGUUUGGAUGAAUGGGUUCAUGAAUCAAGAUUUGAUUUUAGUAAAAUAGAAAAUGAACCAAAGGCUCCUCCACCUCCUUUGGCUGAAAUUCAAAAUGCUGAUGGUCAAAGAUUAAAAGUAACAAGACAUUAUAAAAGAAAAUUUGAUGAGAUUAAUCAUAUUCAAAAAGGAGAAGAUGAUACAAAAUUAUCGGCAUUGGAAAAGGAACAUGAAGAAAUAACAAAGGUCAAGAAUAUAAAUGUGAUUGAAUUGGGACGAUAUGAAAUAGAUACUUGGUACUUUUCACCAUACCCAGAAGAAUUUGCCAAAUGUGAAAAAUUGUAUCUAUGUGAAUUUUGUCUCAAAUAUAUGAAGAAAAAGAAAACACUCAAUCGUCAUAAACUCAAAUGUGACUUGCGUCAUCCACCUGGUAAUGAAAUCUAUCGUAGUCAGUCAUUAUCAAUGUUUGAAGUUGAUGGUAAAAAGAAUAAGAUCUAUUGUCAGAAUCUUUGUCUUUUGGCCAAACUAUUUUUAGAUCAUAAAACACUCUACUAUGACGUUGAACCAUUCCUCUUUUAUGUAAUGACCGAAUGUGAUUCACGUGGUUGUCAUAUGGUUGGAUACUUUUCCAAAGAAAAGGAUUCACCCGAUGGUUACAAUUUAGCUUGUAUCCUAACAUUACCACCCUAUCAAAGAAAAGGUUAUGGUAAAUUAUUAAUUUCAUUUUCAUAUGAAUUAUCAAAAAAAGAAAAUAAAGUAGGAACACCAGAGAAACCAUUAUCAGAUUUGGGAUUGUUAUCAUAUCGUUCGUAUUGGACACAAGUAUUAUUGGAGAUUUUAAGAAAACAUAAAUUGGUUAAUCUUUCGAUUAUGGAUAUAUCCAGUAUGACAUCGAUACGAACAGAAGAUAUUAUCAGUACAUUACAAUCACUCAAUCUUAUUCGUUACUGGAAAGGUCAACAUAUUAUAUCGGUUACACCCAAAGCAAUCGAAGAACAUCUCAAAGCAUACUCUAAACAAACUACUCGAAUUGAACCAAAAUGUAUUCAUUGGGCUCCAAUGAAUCCACCUUUAUCAGCAAAAAAAAGAUAA